AUGAUCAACUCAUCCACUCCUACGACGCAGACGGCCCUGGUCUGUGCCGGCGCUGGCGAGUACCUUCUUGCCACGGGCGUCCAGGUCGUCUCUCCGCCACCGCCCGGCAUGCUGCUCUGCGCCGUCAAGGCCGUUGCCCUCAACCCGGCCGACUGGAAGAUGGUCGACUUUUCGGCGACGGCCGAGUUUAUUGGUGGCCACGAGUUUGCCGGUGACGUCGUGCAGGUUGGUGCCGGCGUCGAAGGCUUCGCAGUCGGCGACCGUGUGCUGGCACCUGUUCCGGGCCUUUUUGGCGCCAUCAUCGACGACAGCAACAAGGACAGUCAGACGUCCCGCAGCAAAGCCGGUGCGUUCUGCGAGUACGUGCCCGUUGCCGUCGACAUGGUCGUGCGCCUGCCGGAGAGCAUGAGUUACGAGGACGCUGCCGGGUUGAGCGUCGUGACCUACGCCGCCGGCCUGGCACUCUACCAGACCCUGCAGCUUCCCCUUCCCUCCGUCGAGCCCCGCCCCGACGCCGAGACAGCAGCUGCCAAGCCCACCUACGUGCUGGUCUCCGGCGGUGCUUCGGCCUCGGGCACAAUUGCCAUUCAGCUGCUCAAAGCCUCUGGCCUUGCCCCGAUUGCCACGUGCUCGCCCGACAACCGCGAUAUGCUCCUCGCCCUCGGUGCCGUCGAGACGUUCGACUACCACAACGCGACGUGCGGCAUGGAGAUUCGCAACUACACCCAAAACAGCCUCGCUCACGUUAUCGACUGCGUCACCCAAGCCGAGUCCAUGAAGCUGUCCUACGAAGCCAUUGGCUCUGCGGGCGGCCGUUACAUCGCGCUCGACCCCUUCCCGACGCGCAUCCAAUACUCCCGCCGCGAGGUCCAAGCGGACUGGAUCAUGGGGCCCACUCUGUUCGGCGAGGCCGUCAAGCUGGCUGGCACGUAUGGUCGUCCGGCCCGCCCGCAGGACCGACUGUUCACAUCGCGCCUGUUUGGUCUCGUGGAGCGCAUGCUGGCUGCCGGCACUCUGAAGCCGCACCCGGUCGAGCUGCGGACGGGAGGCCUGUCGGCCGUCACACAGGGCAUUGAAGACCUGCGCAUGGGUCGUGUGCGGGCCCGCAAGCUGGUCUACCCCGUGGUGUAA